CGCUUUACCGAUUAUAAUAACAUGCCCCGAUAAGCAAUUGAGUUUAGCGCCGAUUCAAAAACUAUCGAUAACUGAGAUAAAAAUACCGAUUUUGUGUGACCAAAUGAAAAAUACCAAAAACUAUAUUUACAAGUACUAUCGUUAUACGGUAUUAAUGAGAAAAAAACGUAUGACGAUAUAUUUGUGGGCAUAUAUCGAUAUCCCGAUAUAAAUAAAUUUCGACAUCCCUACAAAAAAGUGUUAAUGUUAAUUUUUUUGCAAGAACGUGAGUGCGAUAGCCCAUCGAACUGCGAAAGGAUUGCUGUGAAGCCCCCACAGUGCGUUGACCUGGUGAGCGCCAUCAACUAGCCAAUCUCUCCAACGUUCCGACAUUCCGGCCAGUUUCCAGUUUCCCCCCGACCAGUCACCCAGUCACCCAGUCGUCGCUUCAGUCCCGAAACUCCCCCCAACAGCCGGAAACAAGGUUGAAAUAUGUCGGACUACAGCGAUUUGGAUCGCCAGAUUGAGCAGCUAAAACGCUGCGAAAUCAUCAAGGAGAACGAGGUGAAGGCCCUCUGCGCCAAGGCGCGCGAGAUUCUGGUCGAGGAGGGGAAUGUCCAGCGCGUCGAUUCGCCGGUAACCGUAUGCGGUGACAUACACGGCCAGUUCUAUGAUUUGAAGGAGCUGUUUAAGGUGGGCGGCGAUGUGCCCGAGAAGAACUACCUCUUCAUGGGUGACUUUGUCGAUCGCGGCUAUUACAGCGUUGAGACGUUCCUGCUGUUGCUGGCACUGAAGGUGCGCUACCCGGAUCGCAUAACACUCAUCCGCGGCAACCACGAGUCGCGUCAGAUUACCCAGGUGUAUGGAUUCUAUGACGAGUGCCUGCGCAAGUACGGUUCAACGGCGGUGUGGCGCUACUGUACCGAAAUCUUCGACUACCUCAGCCUCUCGGCCAUCAUUGACGGCAAGAUAUUCUGUGUACACGGCGGCCUAUCGCCCUCCAUCCAGUACCUCGACCAAAUCCGCAGCAUCGAUCGCAAACAGGAGGUCCCCCACGACGGUCCCAUGUGCGAUUUGCUAUGGAGCGAUCCGGAGGAUCAGACCGGUUGGGGUGUAUCGCCGCGAGGUGCCGGCUAUCUAUUUGGCUCCGAUGUCGUCUCGCAGUUCAAUCGGACCAACGAAAUCGACAUGAUCUGCCGGGCACACCAGCUGGUAAUGGAGGGCUUCAAAUGGCACUUCAACGAAACCGUCCUGACCGUCUGGUCAGCGCCAAACUACUGCUACCGUUGCGGCAAUGUGGCUGCCAUUCUGGAACUGAACGAGUACCUGCAUCGCGAUUUUGUCAUCUUUGAGGCGGCUCCGCAGGAGAGUCGCGGCAUUCCCUCAAAGAAGCCCCAGGCCGACUACUUUCUCUAAGACGAGUACCCAGUCGCCUUGCACGGUUUCCCUCCCGAUGCUGCUCCUCCUGCUUCUGCUGCUUCCGAUCUAGAUGUAUGUUUAGAUCCUGAUUCCAGCUACAAGACUGGGAUGUACUCCCGCUGGUAUCGCUGGGGAAACGAGUGUCCAUCCGGUGGCUGAUACGAAAUCAUCUAAAGGAAAAGAUAACUGCCUGCCUGCCUAAGCAAAAGCGAGUGCAACAUCACUGCAAUUGCGAAUGAAAAUCAAUUAUAACAUAAUAAUAGUAAGCUAAGCCACGACUUUGAGCCAGGGACGGGGAGAGGGUCCUUCGAGUUUCCUCUGCCGCUCAGAGGUCGAUUACCUUCCUUUUUUUAUUUCUACAAAAAUUCAUUUUAAUUUUUAGCCGUGUUCCUCCCAUCUUUUUAACUAUUUUUUUUUUUGUAAAACUUCAACUAGCAGUUUGCAAUCCAGACCAGACCAGAUCCUUCCUCCCUCUGCAUUGCAUCUAGCUGAUAGUAACUACUAGGAUUAAUUCCCCCCUCGAGUUACCUCGGAACUCGUCCGACAAAGAUGGGACGUUUCUGUGGAAGGAAACGCCCGUCUUUCUCACACGAAUUCCCAAAACACCAAUUCGCGAGCGGAUCGUAUUUUUUACUCUAUAAGAUAUAGUAGUGUGUAAGUACCAGGUGGGAUACUGGGGUAUUUGGGGGGGGAUGGCCUGUCGCCGAUUAUAUAAAGACCAUAGAGAACAAAAAACGAAACCUGUGGGCAGGUCUUCUCACCUCAACAACAAAUAAACAAAAGAGGAACGGCCCGAUUGCGGAUCGAGGCGGAAAUGUUUAGUAAUUCGAGUAGCGAGUAAGUCUAGUUCUAGGUACGACCCAGAUUGGGAUAUUAUAUACAAAUAAUUAUACAUACACUAUACACUUAUUUAAAUAAAGAUUGUAAGAAAAGACAA